AUGGCUCAAGAAAUGGCAAUGAACCAAAUUGUUGAAAAAUACGGACCAUACGGUUCUCAAUGUGCAACAAACUGGUCCGUGAUGCUUGACGAAUGUGACAGCAUAAGAGAGGUCAUUAUAAGGCACGCAAACAUUGUUGACGGAAUCGGAUUCGUUAUCAUCGACGGAAGUGGGUGUAACACCACUAAAACCGUCGGUGGCCAAGGCGGCAAAACUUCCAAGAUUGUACUGAGGCCUAAUGAGUACAUAACACAAAUAAGCGGAACCCAUGGAGAGCACAAGGGCAGUGGUUACGAGCGUCGUAUAACCUCAUUGAGGAUCCACACCAACUUAUGUGCAGGAGGAUAUGGACCUUAUGGACUAGCAAAGAACUGCCAGAAUGUUUGUAGCUUCUCAACUCCACUUGCUCUAAGUGAUCCAAUUGUUGGCUUUUUUGGAAGGCAAGGAAAGUUCCUCGACUCCAUUGGUAUUUACAUGAAAAAACAGGUAACGUAA